AGUACACUUCGGCGGUGAAGUGUACUUGUGUGCACAAGAUUUUUUCGGUGAAAUCGACUCGUUUAUUACUAUUUUUAUCAAAAAAAUUAUGUGGAAGUGAUAGAAUUCUGUGUGGCUGGGACUUAUAGAAACAUUGUGCAAAGCAUAUUCAAGUAAUUUAAGUAUUAGGACCUAAAAAAUGAUCAAAAUGGAAACGGAUAAGAUCGAAGACGUUACAAGCAAUAACACGCAGUAUCCAAUGACUAUUUUACCAUACGACGGAUCUCGUAAAAAAGACACCGCAUCAUCGGCAAACUUUAACUCGGAACGCGAGGCGUGCAUCCGUUGCUUCGAAAAAUGGAACGAAACGGACCAAGUGGAGUUCGUAGAGAAUCUUUUAUCUCGCAUGUGCCACUACCAACACGGACACAUCAACUCCUACCUCAAACCAAUGCUUCAGAGAGAUUUCAUCUCACUUUUACCUAAAAAAGGCUUGGACCAUGUAGCGGAAAACAUUUUAUCCUACCUGGAUGCGGAUAGCCUGAGAAACGCGGAGUUAGUGUGCAAAGAGUGGUUUAGGGUGAUAUCAGAAGGAAUGCUAUGGAAAAAACUUAUUGAAAGGAAAGUGAGAACGGUGUCUCUUUGGCGAGGACUUGCAGAACGUAGAGGAUGGAUUCAAUACUUAUUUAAACCACGUCCCGGCGAAAAUCACAGACCGCAUAGUUUUUAUAGAUCAUUGUAUCCGAAGAUCAUACGAGAUAUAGAUAGCAUCGAGAGUAACUGGAGAAAUGGAAAACACAUUUUACAAAGAAUCAAUUGUAGAUCAGAGAAUAGUAAAGGGGUGUAUUGUUUGCAAUAUGACGACCAAAAAAUCGUUUCUGGUUUAAGGGAUAACACUAUUAAGAUUUGGGAUAGGAGUACACUACAAUGUACUAAGGUUCUUAUUGGACACACGGGAUCAGUACUCUGCCUACAAUAUGAUGAUAAAGUGAUCAUAAGUGGCAGUAGUGACAGCACAGUUCGAGUAUGGAAUGUUGACACUGGAGAAAUGGUCAAUACUUUAAUUCAUCACUGCGAAGCUGUUUUACAUUUGAGGUUUAAUAAUGGAAUGAUGGUCACAUGUUCUAAGGAUCGUUCGAUAGCUGUAUGGGAUAUGGUAUCACAAACAGAAAUCACACUAAGAAGGGUAUUAGUUGGCCACAGAGCGGCCGUAAAUGUGGUAGAUUUUGACGAAAAAUAUAUUGUUUCUGCUAGUGGCGAUCGGACUAUUAAGGUAUGGAACACAUCGACGUGUGAGUUCGUUCGCACUUUAAAUGGACACAAAAGAGGGAUAGCUUGUUUGCAAUAUAGAGAUAGACUGGUCGUUAGUGGUAGUUCAGACAAUACAAUCAGGUUAUGGGAUAUAGAAUGCGGCGCUUGCCUGAGGGUAUUGGAAGGACAUGAAGAACUAGUUAGGUGUAUAAGGUUUGACAGUAAACGGAUAGUCAGUGGUGCUUACGAUGGUAAAAUCAAAGUCUGGGAUCUCCUGGCGGCUCUUGAUCCUAGAGCGUCGACUAGUGCGCUUUGCUUACGUACUUUGGUGGAACACAGUGGUCGCGUUUUUAGGCUACAGUUCGACGAGUUCCAGAUAGUAAGCAGUUCCCACGAUGAUACUAUCUUGAUAUGGGAUUUCCUUAAUUCUAUUCCCGAACCAGCGCCUCUUGGGAUGACCAAUACUGGAUGUGGAACAUCACCUUCUUCGCCUGUUUGGAGUGAAUAACACUCACAAAUAAACACAGAUUGCGUAAGGAGCAAAACUAGGUAGAGAGAGAGCCGCUGUACAUUUAAAAUCUGAACAAAAAGUGAUUGUAAUUAAUAGAUCUGUGGUUAAGUAUUGUACGACGCCCCCUCUGGCGGCCCAUAGAAUUAUGACUGCCUCCCGAUCGUGACGUGCUAGAUAACAAAAAUCUAUUAGUAUGGAUUUGUUUUUUUUUUGUUAUUUAAGAUCUCCUUAAAUAUGCUUUAAAAUCAAAAAAAAGUCUGACGGUGCCGGAACCAAGGCAAAACGUCGGCACAAAUAACGAGAAACGCGAUUAUAUCUGAAUAGAUUUUACGUUCUUUACAGUAACAUAUUUAAUUAGGUAAAGCUUAAAGAAAUAAUUGAAUUACUGUUCAACUAGAGUGUGUGAGGUCAGUGUGGUUCCAUGACAAGUUUUAAAAGAAACUUCAUAUUUAUUUUGUAAUUAUUACAAUUUGGUUUUUACAUAUUUGUAAUAAUAAAAUAGGUGAUUUUUAUGUAAUUAAAAUGUAAGGUUAAUAAUUUAUCUAUAUUUCUAUGACUAUUUGAGUUAAUUUGAAUGUUGGGUAAAUAUGGUUAUAGUUUGAGAAAUAGAAUACAAAAUGUUUUAAUUUCUUGAAGUAUAUACUUCUGAUGAGCAACUAUAGAGGUAAUUAUGUAAAGGGAUAAAUAUAGAUAUUCUAUCUUUUUGUGUCUGUUUUUGCCGCAGUGGCAAACUGAUUAAACACUGAUAGUCUAGGGAUUACGUAGAAGUACGGGGAUACUCAGUCAGAACACUUAAUUGUUCUGACUUAGUGUGAUUUUGAUAAUUAUUUGUUUAACUAUUUAUAUUAUUGAUUUGAAUAAAUGUAUAUUAUUUUACAAAUUUUAGAUUCUAUCAUGUGCUCUAUUUUUGCUCAUUUGUUAGAACCUGAUAAAUGCUUAAAACCAUCAGUGCGACGAAAAAUUACAUUUUCCUGCUAUAAGUUUCUCAUACAAACCACUUUACCUAGCAAAUUUUGAAUCCUUUUUUACUUCACAACAAUUCUGAAACCAAAAUGUUUCUAUUGUUUAGUAAAGGAAAUUUAUUAACUUGUUAUUUAAAUGAAUAAUAAUUAAAUGUGCGUGGUGUGUAAAUGUUUAGGGUCACCGGUUGACGCCUUCAGUUAGCGUUAGGUUUCAAAAAGCACUGUUUUAGGUUAUUCUAUUGUUAUAUUAUAAGGUGAAAUUGGAAAAAAAAAUCGAAAAAAUAUCAAAGUACAAACGUUCAUGCAGAUUCUCCAAGAAAUAACGAUCCAAAAAUAAUAUGUCUGAUACUAUUAAGUUUUAGUUCCACACAGUUAUUCUAUUUUCAGCCCUCUGUACCUUAAAGUUAUUUAUCAACGAAAUUCUUUUGUACUGUGAUAUUUAGAUAAAAAAAAACGCACUAAUAAUUGUUUUUAAAUAUAUUUACUUAUAAGUACUUCCACAUGGAUAGUCCUGUACGCAUUUUAUUCAGGGGUCAUUUAAAGUACAAGUUUCCAUACAGAUAUCGCUAGCAGAAAUAUAACUGUGGUAACCGUAUCGAAACUUCCUCAAUUGACCUUGUAUAUAAAAUUAAUAUGCUUUCUUUGAAUACGAACCAGUAUUUUGAUAUAUAGGGAAAAUUCAGGCAUCGUUUUCUUGCCGAACUGAAACGAGUGUUUGCCAAAAAAUAUGUAGUUACGAGGAAACCUGUCUAUUAAAGUGCUUUUGUGAUAAAUAUAAGGAAAGAGGAUUUUUUUGUAUACUGAAUCCUAAAAAUGGGGUGGAAUUGUUUUAUGAGGAUUUUGUUUGUAAUUUUUUAAUAUUAUUAUCGUCUCAGUGAAUAUUGGUAGUUCCUUAUGAUACUGUUAUUACUAUACACGUUUGAUCACAGGAGAGAACAACAUUAGUUAAUCAUGCACAUACUUGUUUUUCCAUGGAUAAUUUAAUGGUUUUAAAAUAAUAAAUUGAUUACGGAUUUAAUUGAUUGAAGGAUUAAAUUUAUACCAAAAGGGAUAUAAGCUUCCAAGAUGUUAUGUCUUUCCUGUUUACGGCCCAAAUUAUGUUGUCAAGUGCUAAACUACAUUUAUUUAUUUCAAUUUCUCUUUUUUUUUAAAUUAUGACCCGUUUUGCCACAAAGGCAUCAUCAGACCCGUCUAUGACCGCAAACAGCAAUAACAAUAAAACCGGAUACAACGAUAAUUUGUUGGCCGUAUAAUGUUUAAUAGCGCCUUUGUAAGGCGAAACGUGUCACCCUAAUUUAAAAAAAUACAAUUGAUUUGUGUUUCUACCGGCUAAAUUUUUCGUUUCUUACUAGCACAAUAAUUAAAAUUAAACCAUCAGGCUUGCACCAAAAAGACACAAUAAUGAGAAUACAUACAUUAUAUUCCUUUGAUAUUUUUCUGUGGCCAGAUAUGUAUACGGUAAUUUUUUUUUGUUUGCAUGCCACACUAUUUGUGUUAACAUAAGAAAGUGUGGUCGGGGUUGAAAUUUUUGUGAAAACGAGAUACGCCUUUGGUGUAUACAAAAAGACUAAACCGUCUAGAAUUACAAUAUUUGGCAUAUUUUGUAUGUAAGACUUUGAAUUACAUUUCUACAUUUUUUUGCUACAAAUAAGUUUAGAAUUAAGACUUAUUUAAAAAGUUUAAAUUUAAAAAGAGAUUAAAAUUCUGGUAUAGGUACUAUCUUUAUUUUAUUAGGUAUUAAAUAACAAUAUUUUCUUAAGAUGAAAAAUUAUACAUUUUGUUAAAAAGGUUUUUAUUUAAAAACGCCUCUACCCCAUGCAGCUAAAUUUGAAUUAUCAAAUUUUCACGUAUCCGCUAACCAAAAAAAAAUGAGUCUCUAACUUGACAUUAUUUUCAGUUUGGAAAUGUAAGAGAUGCUGGAUUCAUCUCUGCCUCGAGAUUUUUCACAUGUAAUUGGUUUUUUUUUGGUUGGUGUGUAUCUUGAACAUCAAAUAAAGUGACUGUCUUUUUACAUUUAUUUAUCGUAAUUGUAAAAUUCCUUAAAUUGUAAAUACUUUCUAUAAGUGAUUAGUUGUUUAAUAUAUUUGUUUGCAUUUAUUAAGA